ACAAAUUAUAAGAGAGACGUGUCCGUCAGUCUUCGUAUCAAAGUAAAUUUUUCUGAAAUCGAAUUGUUGAAAUUAAUAUAUGAAAAUAGAGUUGUUGUGAAUUAUUGAAAUAUUUCUUAGCAUUAGUGGGAAGCACAAUGCCGCCCAGUGUUGCAGCGAAGCCCAAUAAUGUCCCUAAUAAAGGAAUAUUUAAUAAUACGGCCGGCUUCAGCACUCUUAUUACUGUUACGGUUUUGUCGCUGGCUUGGUUGGCCGGUUUCGCAUCCCGGCUCUUCGCUGUAAUUCGUUUUGAAAGUAUAAUUCAUGAGUUUGAUCCAUGGUUCAACUAUCGUUCUACAGCUUAUAUGGUAGAGCAUGGGUUUUAUAACUUUUUGAAUUGGUUCGAUGAGCGGGCCUGGUAUCCGCUGGGUCGUAUAGUUGGCGGUACUGUGUAUCCUGGUCUUAUGAUCACUUCAGGAACAAUUCAUUGGAUAUUGCACACAUUAAAUAUUCCUAUACAUAUAAGAGAUAUUUGUGUAUUCCUUGCCCCGGUUUUCAGUGGUCUUACUGCCAUAGCAACAUACUUGUUAACCUCGGAGCUAUGGUCUCGUGGAGCUGGUCUUUUUGCAGCAUGCUUCAUAGCAAUAAUCCCUGGGUACAGCAGUAGAUCAGUAGCAGGCAGUUAUGACAACGAGGGUAUUGCUAUCUUUGCCCUGCAGUUCACUUAUUAUCUGUGGUUGAAAAGUGUGAAGUCCGGGUCUGUGUUUUGGUCUAUAUGCACUGCCCUAUCUUACUUUUAUAUGGUGUCGGCAUGGGGUGGCUACGUUUUCAUCAUAAAUUUGAUUCCCCUGCAUGUAUUCGCUCUGCUGGUCAUGGGACGUUUCUCCCAGAGAGUGUUCGUUAGCUACAGCGUGUUCUAUAUUGUGGGCCUCUUGCUCUCAAUGCAGAUCCCGUUUGUUGGUUUUCAACCAAUAAGGACCAGUGAGCAUAUGGCCGCAUCAGGGGUAUUCGCUCUGCUGAUGGCGAUCGGCGCGCUCAAGUACCUGCACAGUUUGAACCCCAAGGGCCAGUGGAAACAGCUACUGAUAUUCGGAGGUCUGGUGGCCGCCAUCGUGGUGUUCUUAGUAGUGGUGCUGCUAACGUAUAUGGGGGUCAUUGCCCCGUGGAGUGGACGUUUCUAUUCCCUCUGGGACACCGCAUACGCCAAGAUCCACAUUCCGAUCAUAGCGUCCGUAUCGGAACACCAGCCCACCACCUGGUCGUCGUUCUUCUUUGAUCUGCACGUCUUGGUGUGUACCUUCCCGGUGGGACUGUGGUACUGCAUAAAGAAUAUCAAUGAUGAACGUGUGUUUGUGGCUCUAUACGCAAUCAGCGCUGUAUACUUUGCCGGUGUGAUGGUCCGUCUGAUGCUUACUCUGACGCCUGUGGUGUGCGUGUUAGCUGGAAUCUCCUUCUCCAUAAUGCUAGACCUGGUGCUUAGAGAGGACGAGCUACCAAACCAGCAGAUAGAGAAUGAAGACUCCAAAAACUUGUAUGAUAAGGCUGGGAAGCUAAAGAAGCGGACACACGAACCAGCUCCGCCUUCAGACACUGGUUUGGGUAUGAACGUGCGAUCUGGAAUGUUGAUCGAGUUCAUGAUUUUGCUAAUGUUGUUCUCCGUGCAUUGCACUUGGGCGACUUCUAACGCGUACUCCAGCCCUAGUAUCGUGCUCGCUAGUUACGGAAAUGACGGAUCGCGUCGUAUAUUGGACGACUUUAGAGAAGCUUACGGUUGGUUGUCACAAAACACCGCGGAGGACGCGCGUGUCAUGUCGUGGUGGGAUUAUGGUUACCAGAUAGCAGGCAUGGGCAACCGAACAACGUUAGUUGACAACAAUACUUGGAACAAUUCCCACAUUGCUCUAGUGGGCAAAGCAAUGGCGAGCAACGAGAGUGCGGCGUACGAUAUAAUGACCGCUCUAGAUGUGGAUUAUGUGCUGGUGAUCUUUGGAGGAGCCAUCGGGUAUUCAGGAGACGACAUAAAUAAGUUUAUAUGGAUGGUGCGCAUCGCCGAAGGAGAGCAUCCUAAAGAUAUUCAUGAAGCUGACUAUUUCACUGAGAGAGGAGAAUACAGAGUGGACAAUGAAGCUUCGAAGACUAUGUUAAAUUGUCUCAUGUACAAGCUGUCAUACUACAGGUAUGACAGCGGCGGCAGCCCCCCAGGCUACGACCGCACGCGCGGCCAGCUGCCCGGCAACCGCGGGUUCAAGCUCACGUACCUCGAGGAGGCCUACACCACCGAGCACUGGCUCGUCAGGAUAUACAGAGUUAAAAAACCAGACGAGUUCAAUCGUCCGCGCUUGCCGCUAUCAAAGAGGACGGUACAGACUUCUAAUGCAUUAUCAAAGAAGCUUGCGUUAGGAGCGGGACCUAUGGUAUAGUUACUUUGUGCUGUUACUUGACACAUCAAAAAGAAGAAAAGGCCUAUUGAAGAACAAGCCUACGAUUGUGAAGGGAAAGAAGGUGGGUCGCCUGGAGUGACCCCCGACUCACGGCGUUUCAUAUCAGUGGUAAAUAUGCGAGUUUGUACAUUAUACGUACAUUGUAUAAGAGAUUGGAAUGUAUGUGAAGGCUGUGUUAUACAAUUAUGUGUGUGAUAAAGAAACUGGUGAAUGUUAAAAUUUGAGUAUUGAGCUUUGAUUGGUUAAUUUUUUACAGGUGUUGUGUAAAAUAAGCCAAUCACAGAUCUCCAAACUUAGUGACAUUAACUGAUUAUUUAUUUCUGAACGUUUCUACUUCUUUGAGAGAAUUUAAGUAUGUAUUAAAAUACUUGACUUUAUUUUCUUUUUGAGCACAAUGUAGCGUAAUAAUAACCGAUGGAUAACUGAAUAAAAGAAAUUCCAAACAAAACUUGUUCCCAAUGUUAAAAUCCCAUGUUGUAUAACACAGACUAGUUAUUUAAAUCAAUAGUUCGGUUUUGAAAAUGUAUAAUAAUUCCCAUAAAAAACAUCUUAUAGUGAUGGUAAUAAAGUUCAAUUUAGUAGAUAUUUGCGAUAAGUCUUUGCAUGAAAUAUCCUGUUAAAAAGUUAUUGUAAUUGUUUCCUCAAACUAAGUUAACGUAGUUUAGAUAGCUUAAUUUGAAAUAGACAAAUGUUAUUAAAGUGAAUUCUUUGAACAGCUUGAAAUUAAUGGCUUUCCAUCAAUCAGCUGAUUUUUGGAAAGCGUCUCAAAAUUAUUCUAAAGAUGACAAGAAUGAUUCUGCCGUGUAGCAUUAAAUUUUAAAACUAGUUAUGCUAUACCACAAUGCGUUCGCUGUAUCUUCUAAUGAAUUGCAACUUGUGGAAGGAUAAGUGUGAAUGUGUGUCUUGCAAUCGAUGCAUUCUUACCACUGAUUUAAUAAAUAUGAACGACUGACACCAAUUCUGUAUUUAGUCCAUUAGGUAAAAGUUUCUUAAAGUUCGUAGGCGGUUUAGUUGAAUUUUGGUCGAGGUGUUACAUCUAUGGAGGAGCGUGUGAUGUAUUGUAGGACUGAAGUUUGAAUAACGAUAUUGACACUUGUGUUUAUUAUUUUCCCGUUUUGACAGCUCGUCCGCCAAUCAGAGAUUAGGGUGUAACAAUUUAUUUCUUUCUUGUUUGGCUUAGAUACAAGACAGGAAAGCGUCCUAUUUGUCUUUUAUACGUUCACGAUUUUCACUUAUGUUUUAAUGCACUUCAUAAUCUCAAUAAAUUACACUUUUGUAAGAUGAGGGUUUUGUGUUAACACAGAUAAUUUGUUCUUCUUUUAAUAUAUAUUAUUCUUAAGACGUUUAUGCAAUUCUUAAUUAAAUAACAAUAUGCCUACAACACACCACGGCGCACAACCAACUUUUCAUAAAACUUUGUAAUUGCUACGUCCAUUUGUAUAAUAUAAAUUUAUCUAUUAAUAUUAAGCAUUAUUUGUCUCGUUAUCACCCUAUUAUGUAACUAGGAUUUAUAUAAUUUUGUUUGGCCUGUCUCCGUUUUUGAAAUUUUAAGUUGCUUUACAUAGAGCAGUUGGCAUGAAUCUCAAGCCUUUUAAAUCUACUUUUAUCUCUUUGCGUGGUCCCAGUUGCACCAUCAUCUGUUAGUUCUUAACUCGAUAACAGAGAAAGCAUCCCGUCAUACAGCGUAUAUUUUUAUAAAUUUUACUUUCGUUUAUACUGUACGUGUAUCGUCAGCUCGCCUGGAAUAGGGGGUGAGUAACACGCAACUAAAAGACAUUAAUAAGAUUUUUGUAGGGAGUUAAGGAAGGGUUCACUUUUAGUGAGCAAACGCAAGCGCAGCACACUCCGCCCAUGAUUCUGCUCGUAUAACCGGAACGUUAGUAGAGCCAUGGGUGGUGGUCCUUUAUAUUCUCUGUCUUAUAUAUUACGUAUAAUAGCGUUAUACGUACACUGUCAUAUAGGUUACUUCCCACCUUAUGCUACCUCGGGCUAUUUCUAACUGGCAAGAUAAAAGGAUAUGAAAAAAAAAAUUAUCCGAUGUUUGAGUAAUUCGGUGCUUUAGAUUCACGCCGACAAGAAUAAUUUUCAAUACAUAUUUACCAUUAAAGGAGUGUCACAAACAAUUAUUUUCGAAAGUGUUAAAUUAUUUGGAAUACUCGUGAUAAAUUUAAUUUCGAAAGCGGAGAUAGUGUUAACAUUUUUAAAGAAUAUCAUAGUAAUACCUCACUUCAUUUUAGUAAGUACUUACCAUCUUUGUUUCACUAUUAUUCGCUAAUCGGUCAAGUUUGGUAUAAACUAAUAGGGUGUACAAAUAGUCGUUGUCAAAUAAAUGCAAUAUUUUUGUGACUAUUUGUUAUAUAUGUAUUUAAUAUAGACUACCAAAGUUUGGAUACUUGACAAAUGACGUGGAUAUAAGUUUGGUCCGCUGAGAAUGAACUAGAUAUCGCAGAAAUAUCAACAACUUAGUCAAAUGAAACUUCAAAUGAAAUGUGGGUUUGACAUGUCUUAUAGGCGAACUUAGGUAUAUGUGAUUCAAUUAAAUACCUACUGUCAUAUCAUAAAACUAAAAUCGAGCGUAUAUUUUGUUGAACAUUUACCCGUUACAAAAUCACCAUGCAAAUCGAUUUGCAAUAAUGAUGUAUGUAUUUGGCUUAUCGAAAGGGUGCAAAGUCAAUCCUAUGAGCGUGGUUUGUAUUUCCACUGUAGAAUGUUUUGGAAUGUAAAGCGCCGUCUAGUUACAACUCGGCGGACUUAAUAAUUUAAGAAUUUUCUUAUUAAUUCAUACUUUGGAAAAGGUUGGUUAACUGGUAUAUUUAUUUCAAAUAAAAGUUGAUAAAUAGAC